AUGUGUUCGAAACAGUUUGUUGCAAUGAGAUGGCACGCUAAUGAACGACCCAAUGAUGGAAAUUUAAGGCAUCCUGCUGAUGGGGAAGCAUGGAAGGAUUUUGAUCGUUUGUACCCAGACUUCUCUCGAGAUCCUCGUAAUGUUAGAUUGGGUCUGUCAAGUGAUGGUUUCAACCCGUUUAGAACCAUGAGUAUUUCUCAUAGCUCGUGGCCUGUUAUGUUGAUGAACUAUAAUUUAUCACCAUGGAUUUGCAUGAAGCCGGAGUAUAUUAUGUUGUCAAUGAUCAUUCCAGGUCCAUCAUCUCCAGGAAAUGAUAUAGAUGUGUAUCUACAACCACUAAUUGCAGAAUUGAAGGAACUAUGGGAACCUGGGAUAGAAACAUAUGAUGCUGAAACCGACCAAACAUUCCGAAUGCGUGCAGCCUUAUUGUGGACAGUUAGUGAUUUUCCAGCAUUAGCAAUGCUUUCAGGAUGGAGCACCAAGGGAAAAUUGGCAUGCCCCACUUGUAAUUAUGACACAUGCUCUCAAUAUCUCAAACAUAGUCGUAAGAUGUGCUACUUGGGUCAUCGUAGAUUUUUGCCUUCUGAUCAUCCAUUGCGAAAAGAUAAAAAGUCAUUUGAUGGUAAGGAGGAGCAUAGACCUGCACCUACAGCUUUGUCGGGUAUAGAAGUGCUUGAAGAGCUGCAUGAAUUCAACAAUAAAAGAAUAUAUGUGACAGUUUGCUUGGGACUUUUAUCGGAGAUAGAUGGAAAGUCAAAGGAUCAUGUAAAUUCUCGCUAUGACUUACAAGAAAUGGGGAUACGAAAGGAGCUACAACCAAUAGAAGAUAAUGAUGGAAAUGAGAUGAAAAUAUCGGGGUACAAGAGUCAUGAUGCUCAUUUUAUAAUGCAUUACUCGCUCCGGGUUGCCGUUAGAAAAGUGCUGCCCAAGAUUGUUUCAUUAACCUUGAUUAGAUUGGGCAAUUUCUUUAGAGCUAUAUGUAGUAAGGUUAUAAGUAGAAGAGAUCUUGAGAAAUUGGAUUCUGAAAUUGUUGAAAUAAUAUGUGACCUGGAAAGGAUUUUUCAUCCAGCAUUUUUUGAUAUAAUGCCACAUUUACCUAUUCAUUUAGUGAAUGAAAUUAAGCUUGGGGGUCCGACUCAUCUUAUUUGGAUGUAUCCCAAUGAGAGGCACCUAUGUAAGUUGAAGACGUUCGUUCGUAAUCGAUCUUGUGCAGAAGCAUCAAUAGCAGAGGGUUUUUUGGCUGAAGAGUGCUUGACCUUUUGUUCAAGAUACCUACGCGAUGGUGUGAAGACAAGAUUCAGUAGGUACGAGACUGAGGAUGAUGAAUGUGCUCAGAAUUUGUCACCUAUAUUCCCUAAGAUAGGUCAUCCAAUUGGAAUUGAGAAGAAAAAGGAUUCGACUUUUAUGAUGGAUCCACAGUUACGUUAUGAGGCACAUCGGUAUGCCUUAUUCAACACUGGAGAUGAACAAGUUGAAAAGUUUAUCGAGGAACAUAAGAAUGUAAUGAGUAAUCAUACUAGAUCAAACGCAUGGGCAAGAGCAAGGAAUCAUAGUCGGGAAUUCAGCAGUUGGUUUGAAGAGAAAGUUAAAAAUGUUGAAGUACCCGAUUAUCUAAUAUGGCUAUCUAGAAUGCCUAAUGUGGUGGGCAAGAGAUACACUGCAUAUUUCAUUAAUGGAUACCGAUUUCAUACAAAAAGUCGGGAUGCCCCACGAAAGACUCAAAAUAGUGGAGUGACGCUAGCAAAGAACAACGAUAGUUUUGCUAGUUCUAGGGACCAAAAUCCCAUAGAUGGAGAGGUUAUUUAUUAUGGAGUUAUUCAAGAUAUCAUUGAGAUUGAUUAUUAUGGCCAUUUUAGUGUUGUACUGUUUAGAUGUGAUUGGUUUCAUAAUGAAGUAGAUGAAUAUGGGUUAACUCGAGUAUACUUCAAUAAGUUAUGCAGUAAAGAUGAUCCUUUUGUGUUGGCAUCACAAGUUCAUCAAGUUUUUUAUGUGGCGGAUCCAGUUGAGAAAGAUGUUUAUUAUGCAAGGAAUAAAGUCCCUGUUGAUUUGUAUGAUCUAGAGAAAGAGAAUUGUCCUAAUAUAGGAGACACAUUUUGGAGGGAGCCUAAUGAUGACAUUGGUCCCUCAACUAGAUUAGAUGACGGUGACGUUAGAUGGUCAAGAGAAGAUGUGCCCGCUGAUGUCGUUGAUAUUCCAUCUAAUGCACAACAUUCAGAAGAUACAAUUAUGGAAACAUCGGAAGAGGAGGAUGAGUUCGAUGAUGCGAUUGGGAUUCCAUGGAGGAAAAUGAUUAGACAAUAA